UUAAUUAAUUCAUCGAGAGAUGUUUUCUGGGCUGCUCUAUUCAAAUCAACAUUUUGCUCUAUAAACGUACUUCAUUCAAUUGACAGUGGAUCUCAUGAUGAUCUUCUUUUCUUUGUUGGACAAACUAACUCUAGAUUUGCAAAGCCUGAUGUACGGGUAUUUCGCCAAUCCAGCCCAAACGUUCCUCCUAUCAGUGAUCCCACGAUUAAUUGGGAAAAUACCGUCCACCUUAAUCUCAUCACUCACUGUGUUCGUUUCCGUUAUAUUUAUUCAGUUUGUGUAUGUAGUGACCCUUGGAAUUUGUACACCUAUCGGCCCAUGGACUCAAAAGGGACUCAAGAAACUAUUGUCUAUCCUCAUAUCGUCUUUCCAAUAGAUAAUUUCGAGGAGGGUUUUCAAGAUUGCGUACUUCGAGAUAGUGAAUACCUCUGUGUCGAACUCGCCGCGUACGACAGAUCUGGUGUCCUUCAAGGAGUUCUCUUUGAGAGUGUUGUACGAUAUUCUGUCUUGAAGAAUGCACACGAUAUCGAUAUUGAGAGUUUCUUUGAAUGGCGACAACGAUGGCUGCUUUUUAGUUGA